GAAACGUCCUUGAUCGUCACUAACCCACGUGAGUGUGUUCGCCCAUCAGACAGUGCUGUAGACCCGGGUUCUAGCCCAGUAAAGUGGUCAAACUCAAUCAACCAGCCCGCCCUUGGCUCUCCGGACGCCGGCUUAUCGGAGUGAAACGCACCGGCUCCUGCGCACCGGGCUCCCGGGGAGACUCCGCUGCCAUGUCCGGUUCCAGCAGGUCCCUGCUGCUCGUACUGCGGCGGUGUGUCGCAGUCAGACAGCUCACGCCAGCCGCGACUCUCGGAACCAGCGGGGCCUGUGGUGGAGUCACUCAGCUGCGGACAUGGAGCUCAGCGAGCCGGGCCGUCUGUCUCCGGGGCCUCGGUGUUCUUCACCCCGCAGCGACGAGCCGUCAGAGCGGCUUCUGUACCAAGACAGGAUCUCCUUGUGAUAAUGACUACCCUCCACUGCCGCCGUAUCAGUCCGAGUCAGAGCCGGAGACCAAGGAAGUGUACAUCGUGCAGGUCAAAGGUCUCCCGUGGUCGUGCACCGCUCAGGACCUGCUGCAGUUCUUCUCCGAAUGCAGGAUCCACGAGGGGGAGAAGGGCAUCCACCUGACGCUGGACCGGCUGGGCCGGCCGUCGGGUCAGGCCUUCAUCGAGAUGGAGCACGAGGAGGACGUGAGCAAAGCGCUGGAGAAGCACCGCCAGUACAUCGGGUCGCGAUACGUUCAAGUGUCCGAAGUGACGAACCGUGACGCCGAGUCCAUCCUGAAGCAGGCGGUCCAGACGGCAGCGGAGCACGGCGUGGUGCUGCUCAGAGGACUCCCCUUCACCUGCACCGAGGACGACAUCAGCGCCUUCUUCUCAGGUUUAGCCAUCGUAGAGAACGGGAUCACCAUCGUGGCAGACUCCAGAGGCAGGCGGUCUGGGGAGGCCUUCGUUCAGUUCUCCUGUCAGGAAGCAGCGACCGAAGCUCUGCGGAGAGACCGGCAGCUGAUCGGGAGCAGAUACAUCGAAGUGUUUCCCAGCAGACGGGAUAAUGUUGAGUCUACCUUGAGGAGGAUGAGGAGUCCACCUUCAUCCCAGAAUUUCUCGCCGGCCGCCGGCAGGAGGACGGCCUCGGCCUCCUCCACCCACUCACAUAACACCGCCGUCCCUGAAGGCUCAGGCAAGCCGGUCCAUUACGUCCACAUGAGAGGACUUCCUUUCCAGGUCACGGGUGAAGAAAUCGUGAAGUUCUUCGCCCCUCUAAUCGUGUCUAAGAUCAUGAUCGAAUGCGGUCCGAGCGGGAGGCCGAACGGCGAGGCCGACGUCUACUUCAGGUGCCACCAGGACGCCCUGGCGGCCAUGUCCAGAGACAGGCUGAACAUAGGUCACAGAUACAUCGAGUUAUUCCUGAAUUCUGAACCAGACUCUGAUGGGAGGUGAAAUCCAGCACAUGAAUGAUUAUCAUAUUUAUACAUCAUCCAACAUUAAACAUUUAUGGUGUCAAAUA